CUGCUGCUGCUCAGCCUCGGGCUGCUCCACGCAGGUGACUGCCAACAGCCAGCCCAGUGUCGAAUCCAGAAAUGUACCACGGACUUUGUGUCCCUGACUUCACACCUGAACUCUGCCGUUGACGGCUUUGACUCUGAGUUUUGCAAGGCCCUGCGUGCCUAUGCUGGCUGCACCCAGCGGACUUCAAAAGCCUGCCGUGGCAACCUGGUAUACCAUUCUGCUGUGCUGGGUAUCAGCGACCUCAUGAGCCAGAGGAACUGUUCCAAGGACGGACCUACAUCCUCUACCAACCCUGAAGUGACCCAUGAUCCUUGUAACUAUCACAGCCACGCAGGAGCCAGAGAACACAGGGGAGGGGACCAGAACUCUCCCAAUUACCUUUUUUGUGGCUUGUUCGGAGAUCCUCACCUUAGAACUUUCAAGGAUCACUUCCAGACGUGCAAAGUAGAAGGGGCCUGGCCACUCAUAGAUAAUAAUCAUCUUUCAGUUCAAGUGACGAAUGUGCCCGUGGUCCCUGGAUCCAGUGCUACUGCUACAAAUAAGAUCACGAUCAUCUUCAAAGCCCACCGGGAGUGUACAGAUCAGAAAGUAUACCAAGCUGUGACAGAUGACCUGCCAGCUGCCUUUGUGGAUGGCAGCACCAGCGGUGGGGACGGUGACACCAAGAGCCUGCGUAUCGUGGAGAGGGAGAGUGGCCGCUACGUGGAGAUGCACGCCCGCUACAUAGGCACCACGGUGUUUGUGCGGCAGCUGGGUCGCUACCUGACCCUCGCCAUCCGCAUGCCCGAAGACCUGGCCAUGUCCUACGAGGAAAGCCAGGACCUGCAGCUGUGUGUGAACGGCUGCCCCCUGAGCGAGCGCAUCGAUGAUGGGCAGGGCCAGGUGUCUGCCAUCCUGGGGCACACCCUGCCUCGCACCUCCCUGGUGCAGGCCUGGCCUGGCUACACACUGGAGACUGCCAACGCUCAAUGCCACGAGAAGAUGCCAGUGAAGGACAUCUAUUUCCAGUCCUGUGUCUUUGACCUGCUCACCACUGGUGAUGCCAACUUCACUGCCGCAGCCCACAGUGCCUUGGAGGAUGUGGAGGCGCUGCACCCAAGGAAGGAACGCUGGCACAUUUUCCCGAGCAGCAGCCGUGGGACUCCCCGUGGAGGCAGCCACGUGUCUCUCAGUCUAGGACUCACAUGCUUGAUCCUUAUUGUGUUUUUUUAGGGGUUGUCUUUUGUUUUGUUUUUUAUUUUUUUGUCUAUAACAAAAUUUUAAAAUAUAUAUUGUCAUAAUAUAUUGAGUAAAAGAGUAUAUAUGUAUAUACCAUGUAUAUGACAGGAUGUUUGUCCUGGGACACCCACCAGAUUGUACAUAUUGUGUUUGACUGUUCUCACGUAUGUUGGAUGUAGUAUUCUUUGAUUGUAUCGAUUUUGUUUUGCAGUUUUGUGAAAUGUUUUAUAA